AUCCCAUUAGAGUUGCUUAAUGAUUAUUUUAAUAUAUAAUUGUUGAUAAGCACUUUAGAUAAGAAACACCCAAAUUUUGUGCCUCAAUGCUAGUUGCUUACCUAAAGGUUCUUAAAAAAAUUACUUUGGGUUAAAGUUGCACAAUUGAAAGAUUAGGGGUCAAUUAGAGAGGUCUGUUCUGCAAAUCUGAUAGUUUUGGGAUCAAAAAAUAAUUAUCCAAAGACAAAGGACCAGACUUGAAAAUAAGCCAAGAAUGGCCAUUGGAGCUCACAAGCUUUCUCUCCCGGAUCUGGAGCACGAUGGUGGAGGAUCCGGCGAUGGAAAAGCUUGAUUCCAUGGCGUCGGAGAGUUGAGACGGGUUACCUGGAUCGAAGGAUAGGAGACGAGCUGCAGAGGGCCGACGAAAUGAACAUCUUCAUGACGUCUCUGUAGCAGCGGAACAUGUCGGAGAAGGAGUUCUUGACCUUGGGCUGGAUUUUGUACCGAUCGAACCAGGCGAUCAAGCCAAUUCGACGAAGACGAGAGGGAGAGGAUCGAGCCAAUUCGACUAAGAUCCAACACGUGUCCCACAAGCACCGGUUCUUCUACCUCCUUUUUAAGCACCGCUUUUUCACAUUAAUCCCAUUUUUCUUUUUUUUAAAUAUUUAUUAAGCUAAGCAUUCCCCUUAAGCACCCUGGUUGAAGAUGGUCUAAUACUACUCGAGAUUGAAUCAUGGCAUACCUUUAUAAGCUUUCAUGAUGUCAAAUUAUUUGAAAUUAUUUUUAUCACUUAAGAAUUAAGAUACUACUAUAUCAUAUUUUGGUUUGUAUACACUUUCACAAUAGGUAAUACUCUGAUGGUCCAUGUCUUUGAUGGUGAUCAUCAUUGUUUUAUCCGCUUAAAUUCAAUCAUUCUACUUGAACAUUGCUUUAUAUUUCUUUUGCAAAAAAAAAAAAAAAACAUUUGUAUUACCAUAACAUUGUUAUUGUGGUUCACUAAGAUUUAAUAUUUUAUUGCGAACGUUGGACCAUAACUUGGUGAAUUUAGAGAUGAAAAUAAAUGUUUUAAAAAUUAUAUAUUCUAUUCAUUCCAAAAAGAUAUAUGUUCUAGAAAUUUUCUUUUCCAAAAAAUAAUGUUUCACAUUUCAAUGCAUUAGUAUGGUAAAUUGUAAAUUUCAAAAAGUAUAAUUAUGUUUCUUGAAAUUUCUAAAUUGUGGAGAAUAGUUAGUUACGAAAAAUAAUGUGUUGAGAACUAAAAUUUUAUUUAUUUUUAAAUAGGUGUAAAAAAAAUUUAAAACAUACAAUUUUUUGAGAUAGAGAGAGUACCAUUUAAACUAUAAAUAGGAAAACAAAAGAAACUAAAAUUACUUUUGAAAACACUAGGAAAACUACUUUAUCCAAGAAAAGGGGAAAAGGGUUUGAUUCCUAAUUCCUAUUAUGCUACUCCCUAAUUUGCAAUUUAACACUAAUCCACCAAAAAAACAGGCAAAAAUAUAGUUAUAUAAUCUUUUUUCAUUACAAUCCCGCUCGUUACCAUUCUCCGAGGCAAAAAGCUAAGUGUCUCUUUUUUUCAUCAUCUUCCAAGAGAAACCAAACUCAAAACUUUUUUGUCCGGCCAUGGAUCCCGACGAUCCCACUUCAAUAAUCCUCAAAAAGAUCAGAACUUUAGAACCCGACAACGCCCCCAAACUCAUUGGCUACUUUCUAUUGCAAGACAUGGAACAAACUGAUUUGAUUCGUCUCGCUUUUGGUCCCGACACUCUCUUACACACUUUCUGUUGUCAAGCCAAAUCUCAUUUGGGUCUUUCCUCAAAACCCAUUAGUAUCCACCAGACACUGUCUCAGUCUUCUCCAAGUAAUGGGUUCUCAACAAACCCUAACCCUAACUUCGAUUCUAGACCAUUUCUUGAGGAUCCGUUUGCUAACUUGCAUAAGAGGAGUUUCUCUCCAAACGAGGCUUGUCUUGAACCAGAGGAACCAGGAUUUGGAGCCGGUUAUCGGUUUUCACAGACCGGUUUAGUUGAUGGGUUCGGUUCAUCUAGUGGUGAGAGCGGUUACGUGUGCUUACAGAGAGAGGAGAUGAUGAGGAUGAAGUUAGCUCAGCAACAGAGAGUGGCUCAGCUCAUGGCGCUAAGACAAGGAGAAGAAAGUGGUUACUGUUACAGUCCAAGCAGGCAUGGAAGAGAUGAUUUUGUUUCUAGACAGAUCUACUUGACAUUUCCAUCUGAAAGCUCCUUUACAGAUGCAGACGUCUCCUCUUAUUUCAGUGACUUUGGAGCUGUGGAAGAUGUGAGGAUACCAUAUCAGCAGCAAAGGAUGUAUGGGUUUGUUACUUUCUCUAAUGCUGAAACUGUGAGAACCAUAUUGGCUCGUGGGAAUCCUCAUUUCAUCUGUGAGUCUCGUGUGCUUGUUAAACCGUACAAGGAGAAAGGAAAGAUUCUUCAAAACAAGUGGCAACAGCAGCAACUUCAGCAGCUGAUGGAGAGAGGGAGCUAUUCUCCAUCUUCAAGUCCUUCUGAAAUGGAUCUCUAUGAAUGUCACUUGGGUCCAAGGAUGUUUUCAAGGAACACACAAGAGAUGAUGAGAAGGAAAGCUGAUGUACAACGUGCCAUUGAAGUAGAACUCCAAAGAAGAAGGUUCUUGGCUCUGCAAUUGCCUGGGAGGGAGAAUGAGUCUGUUCAUCAUCUCCAGCGUAGUCUUUCUAUGGGCUCUCCUUCUCAUCUCCCACCUCGGUUCAACCAUAGUCUUCUCUUUCAACCAGAAAGCAGCAUGGAAGAAACCACAGAAGGUGAUAGUGAUAGAGGUGAAAGCCAUCUUCAUCUAGUACCAAACAACAACAAAGAAUGCAGAUACAGUAACGAGUUCCACAACAGGCAAGAGACGAGUCCGGAGAAAACUCUUCCUGAUAGCUUGUUUGGUUUCCCUAUUAAGUCUGAAGAAACACUCCAAACUGAGUCUGAUACCAAAGCAGAGGAAUGGGCUAGAAAGAAACAAGUGUAUUGAUUGAAAGAGACGUAAAGACUGAUAAAAGAUGGAAGUAGAAGAGAAAUUGUGUGUAUAUACAAAAGCUUUAGGAUAUUAUCAACAAAAAGCUAUUAGGACUAACCUCAGACAACAUAUGGAGGAUGAUCAGAUCAACACAACAAAUGGAGGAUGAUCAGAUUUUCUUUUUAUGGGCAAAAGCUGCAUCUGUUACUUUUUACCAUGAUUGUAUAAAAUGCAUGUGUGCUUUCUUGGAACUCACUUUCAAAAAAGGGUCAGUGUCACAAUUCACAAA